AUGGGGGUGUGGGGUGCAGCUCUCGUGGUUCUUGUGUUGCUGUCGAGCGGGGUCGCCGGCGACAGUGGCGGCGCCGUCGAGGACGACAAGCACUUCUUCUUCGGCCCGCGCCACGGUUUCGGAGGCCUCGGCCGCGGCAUCUUCGGUAAGGGGUUCAAACAUGGCGGCGGUUUCGGGCGUCGUGGGGGCUUCGGCGGCGGACCGGGACUGGGUGGCGGUGCCGGCCUCGGAGGGGGCAUCGGCGGCGGCGGUGGCGCGGGGGGAGGUCUUGGAGGAGGAGCCGGAGGGGGGCUAGGUGGAGGUGGUGGGCUCGGAGGGGGAGGUGGGCUGGGUGGUGGUUUCGGCAAAGGUGGUGGACUUGGAGGAGGCGGUGGCAUUGGUGGGGGUUUUGGCAAAGGUGGCGGGCUUGGUGGUGGUGCUGGUGGCGGACUUGGCGGCGGCCCUGGUGGGGGACUGGGUGGUGGUGCUGGGGGUGGACUUGGUGGCGGCGCUGGUGGCGGACUGGGUGGUGGUGCUGGGGGUGAACUUGGUGGCGGCGCUGGUGGCGGACUGGGUGGUGGUGCUGGGGGUGGACUUGGUGGCGGCGCUGGUGGCGGACUGGGUGGUGGUGCUGGGGGUGGACUUGGUGGCGGCGCUGGUGGCGGACUGGGUGGUGGUGGUGCUGGCGGCGGACUGGGUGGUGGUGGUGGUGCUGGCGGCGGACUGGGUGGUGGUGGUGGUGCUGGCGGCGGACUGGGUGGUGGUGGUGGUGCUGGUGGCGGACUGGGUGGUGGUGGUGGUGCUGGCGGCGGACUGGGUGGUGGUGCUGGUGGGGGACUCGGUGGCGGAGCCGGCGGAGGGCUUGGCGGAGGCGCCGGAGGAGGGUUUGGUAAAGGUGGUGGACUCGGUGGCGGUGCAGGCAGUGGACUCGGUGGCGGUGCAGGCGGUGGACUCGGUGGCGGAGCCGGCGGUGGGCUUGGCGGAGGUGCCGGAGGAGGGUUUGGUAAAGGUGGUGGACUCGGUGGCGGAGCCGGCGGUGGGCUUGGCGGAGGCGCCGGAGGAGGGUUUGGUAAAGGUGGUGGACUCGGUGGUGGUGCAGGCGGUGGACUCGGUGGCGGAGCCGGCGGUGGGCUUGGCGGAGGCGCCGGAGGAGGGUUUGGUAAAGGUGGUGGACUCGGUGGCGGAGCCGGCGGUGGACUUGGUGGUGGCGCCGGAGGGGGGUUCGGUAAAGGUGGUGGGAUUGGUGGCGGCGUAGGAGGAGGUGGUGGACUUGGUGGCGGUGCCGGUGGCGGCGUCGGAGGAGGUGGUGGACUUGGUGGUGGCGCCGGAGGAGGGUUCGGUAAAAGUGGCGGAGUCGGUGGCGGCGCUGGAGGAGGCUUCGGCGGAGGCGUCGGAGCCGGCGGUGGGGGCGGAUUCGGAGGUGGUGCAGGCGCCGGAGGCGGGUUCGGCGGCGGCGCAGGAGGUGGCGGAGGAUUUGGCGGCGGCGGAGGUUUCGGCGGUGGCGGAGGUUUCGGUGGAGGAGGAAGCCUUCCGUAA